GGAACUGUUUUCGCCUCGCCAUUUCCUGUCAAUUAGGAGUCGUCUUCCAUCGCUUCCAACCCCCCCUCCCACACGAGUUGCAUAUAUUGUAGCCGGUGGUCUGACGCUUUGUGAGGGGCAAAGCUGUGCACCCUGGUCCGAUUUAUAUUUAUCCUCCCUCGACUCGACCUGGUACAGCCGCUCCGGGCGAACCGGCCACAAUCCCUUCACUCGUCUGUCUUGGGUUGGAAGAUUUCUACUCCUUCUUGAGUGUCUGUAGUUGCGGAGGAUCAUCAUGGCUAUGAGGCAGACUCCUCUCACCUGCUCCGGGCACACCAGACCGGUGGUGGAUUUGGCGUUCAGUGGAAUAACCCCAUACGGAUAUUUCCUGAUAAGCGCUUGUAAAGAUGGCAAACCCAUGUUGCGCCAGGGAGACACAGGGGACUGGAUCGGGACGUUCCUAGGUCACAAAGGCGCUGUCUGGGGGGCCACUUUGAAUAAAGAAGCCACAAAGGCGGCGACCGCUGCUGCAGAUUUCACAGCUAAAGUGUGGGAUGCAGUCACAGGGGAUGAGGUUCUCACACUGGCACACAAGCACAUUGUGAAGUCUGUCAGCUUCACUCAGGACAGUAAUUACCUGCUGACAGGGGGAAAUGAUAAAGUGUUGCGCAUCUAUGACCUCAGCAAGCCUGAAGCAGAGCCACAGGAGAUUGCAGGCCACACCUCUGCUAUUAAGAAAGCUCUGUGGUGUAACAACGACAAACAGAUCCUCUCGGCUGCAGACGACAAAACUGUGCGGCUGUGGGACAGCAACAGUAUGGAGGUGGUGAAGACUCUCCCCUUCGAUGUGUCUGUGAGCAGCAUGGAGUACAUACCGGAUGGAGAGAUCCUUGUUAUCACCUAUGGGAAAACAAUCGCUUUUUACAACGCACUUAGCCUUGAUUUGAUCAAGACCGUGGAUGCUCCUGCCUCCAUCCACUCUGCCUCCCUCCACCCAGAGAAGGAGUUCUUUGUCGCCGGUGGAGACGAUUUCAAGCUCUACAAAUACGACUACAGCACUAAGGAGGAGAUGGAGUCAUACAAGGGCCACUUUGGGCCGGUCCACUGUGUGCGGUUCAGCCCAGACGGGGAGCUAUACGCCAGCGGCUCAGAGGACGGCACUCUCAGGCUCUGGCAGACUGCAGUAGGGAAAACGUAUGGCCUGUGGAAAUGUGUCCUUCCCGAGGAACUGGUGGCAGAGAACUCGGAUGCUCUUUACUGCACGGCCCCUGAAGUCAAGGCCUGAGUCCCCCAGGCAUGUGCCUAAGACAGCUAGGAGAGCGGAUUGGCCCGGUUCCAUCAGACCACGCCCCCCCACCACCCCCCCACCCAUCAAAGGUGUAAAGCCCUCGCCUCUCCAAUCGGGACUGAAGUGGAGCUCACCUGGGAAUCAGACCAGCGCACCCUUCACACAAAUACAGACACACACACACACACACAUACAUGCACACUACAGGGACGUCCACAGGGGGAAGCAGUAGAGCGGUGAGUGUUCAGUGCCACAGCUGCCUGCUCUCUUUCUGGUGAGGUCACACUCGGACCCGUCUUCUCCCAGCGCCUGAGCCCCAAAGCCCCAAGGCCAGCUUUGAAUCCUUUCAUCUAAAACAGCACAAACUGUUUUGGCUGCACUUGCAGAAUGCCUGAUUUAGCUUUAUUAAGAAAAAUGUGCUUGGGGAAAAAAGAAUACUGUAAAGAACCAGGAAGAAGCAAGAUUAUUUUGUUUCUUAGCUUUUGUUUUUAGGGUCUUCUGUUGUUACAGUUGUAUUUG